UUUGUCAAUAAAGUUGGUUGAAGUAAAAGAAGAAGGCCCGCGCCGUGCGCAGUGAUGGUUGGCAGAGUGCUGUCUGGCUGACUCUGUCUCUUCCCUCCCCAAUAUGGCGGCCUCCUUGUGCAGACUGUGUGUGACCGGUGUGAGAGCGGCUCUCUGGAGCAGGACCUCCUUGCCCUCGCUGCCUGCUGGGGUCCGCUCGCUGACGACCCCUCCUGACCAGGAAUCUCGGUAUGCAGAGAGGCCCUGGGAAUACCUGCAGAGUGAAGAGUACUUGGAGCGUUAUGGAGAAAGAAAGGUUUGGGCGGAUUACAGGCGAAACCACAAGGGUGCAAUCCCACCACAGAAAACCCGGAAAACCUGCAUUAGAGGUGGCAAUGUCUGUGGGAACCCGUGUCCCAUUUGCCGGGACCAGAACCUUGGUGUGGAUUAUAGGAAUGCAAAGUUACUCCAGCAGUUUGUUUGUCCCUACACGGGAGUAGUAUAUGAAUCCACGAGAACAGGUGUGUGUAUGAAGCAGCAGAAGCGGCUUGUGAAUGCCAUAACAGAAGCACAGGACCACGGUUUCCUCCCAGUAAUGGUACCACACACAGAUGUGAAAUUUGGAGAGUACUCCUACACUCACGGAGCAGUGGCUCAAACGCCUCCUGCCUCAGCGGGGCCCUGGUACUCCUGGUAUGAGUGGCAGGAGCCAUCGCCAAAGGAAGUGGAAAAACUGAAGAGGCUGUACAAACCCUAUUUAAAGGAGAUGAUGGGGGAGAAAUAAAGAUGGCAGAUGUAUUGUGAAUUAAUGCAGCAAGAAGACCUCACAUAUAUAACGUUUACACCUUUGUGAGCACGUGGCAUCUGUGUAUCCACCUCGUCUGGCUAUACUGUUCCACAUGGCAGCAUUUAUAUUGGAAAAAGCAGCAAUGGCAUCACAAAUGUGCCGUUUUUCUAAUCUGAAAACCUGGGCAGGGUACUUACAGACAUAAAUCGCUGUAAUCCAGUUAUAAAGCCACAUUCAUCUGUGGAUAAUUAGGGCUCGGUUGGAGCACAUACACCAUCCAUGUGUGCAAUUGAUGGAGGCCAGUAUCCUACUUUAAAAAUAAAAAAACCUCUGAGCAGAA